UGCGGCUGCUGAAGGAGAAAAGGGGGACGGCGGGCGGCGAGCCGAGGGUCGACUGGAACGUGACCGCGAACCGUGCGGGUUUCGUAAACGGUUUGAGGCAGUCGUGUAGAUGUGGGUCAGGGGCUCACUUUCCCCUGUUCGGACCCUCCCGGUGGACCGGCUGCGCGGGCCUUGAGCGGGGCUGGGCCCGGGCUGAGCGUCGCCAUCUUUGUCGGGGGCGCUGGUCAACGAAGCGUUUGCUGGGGCAGCCAUCUUUGUUGGGGGCAAAGUGCGUUGGGGGCGGGUGGAUUCCCAAAGAGCCAACUCAAGUGAGAGCAAAUGUUCAAAGGUGGACUGUCUUUGGGACCAAUUUGCGGAUGUUUGCGAGCAAGUGAACAAAAAAAAACCUUGUUGCUUCUGAACUAAAAUGCUCAAGUGUUAUUAUUCCUGGACAGACGACUUUUGUAAAAAAAACCCUUAUUUUGUUGAUUUUUGAAAAGGAACAUCUUAUACAUGGAAAAUUCAACUCGAACUUUGCAUCUCAGACCGACAUUCACCUGGACCCAAUAAUCUUGGAACUUUCUGGAAGUAGAAAUAUCCUUCUGGCUCUUCUUAGAGGAAACCAGCGCACCAGGCGAAUCGUCAAGACUCUCACACCCAGCACUGACGGUGAAAAGAACUUUCAUCAACUGAUGAAAAUCAUCACAGCGGAAGAACUGCUGCAUUGUAGACGAGUGUUCAAUUCGAUUAUCUAACAUGGAAAGGCAAAAGGACACGGGCGCUACAGAGAAGCCGUGGAAAUGUGGGGACUGCGGGAAGGGAUUCAGUUACCCGUCCAAGCUGGAGGCUCACCGACGUAGUCACACCGGGGAGAGGCCGUUCACCUGCUCCGACUGCGGGAAGGGGUUCACUCAGCUCUCCACUCUGCUGUCACAUCAGCGGGUUCACACUGGGGCUCGACCGUUCACCUGCUCUGUGUGUGGGAAGGGUUUCGCCAAGUCAUCCACCCUCACUGAGCACCAGCGAGUCCACACCGGGGAGAGGCCGUUCAGUUGCUCUCACUGCGGGAAGAGAUUCGGACGGUCGUCCAACCUCACUGAGCAUCUCCGCAUUCACACAGGGGACCGGCCGUUCACCUGCCCUGUGUGCGGCAAAGGAUUCACUUGUUUAACCAACCUGACGUCACACCAACUUAUUCACACCAAUAAGCGACCCUUUCAAUGUUCCGACUGUGACUCCAGCUUUAAAAGCACCAGGGACCUGCUGACUCACCAACGCAGUCACACUGGGGAGAAGCCCUUCAUCUGCUCCGAGUGUGGGAAGGGAUUCACUCACACGUCCAACCUGCUGGCUCACCAGCGACGCCACACUGGAGAGAGGCCGUUCAGCUGCUCCAAGUGCGAAAAGCGGUUUCGCCGCUCGUCUGAUGUGCUGAGUCACCAGCGAGCUCACAUGGGCAGGAUGCGCUCCGCUGCUCUGUUUGUGGGAGGGGAGUCGCUGAGUCAGCCCACCUCCUGACCUACCCGUCUCUAAAAGCUGUCCAUAUCCAAAUGCAGACAAUAUCUCUGCUUGGGAUGAUAAGUGACAAGUAACAUUUGUGCCACAUAAAUGCCUGGCAGUGACCAUCUACGACAAGAGACAAUCUGAACAUUGCGUGCAAAGACUUGCUGAAUUCCCCCACUGUUGCGAUGUCAGGAAUUACCAUUGACCAGACAUUAAAAAUGGACUUGCCCUAGAUGUAUGGGAGCUGGCCAGAGGCUGGGAAUCCUGCAGUGAGUAACUUACUGGUUCUCCACAGCUUGUCCGCGAUCUACAAGGCGUAUUUCAGGAGUGUAAUGGAAUACUCUUCACUUUUCUGCGUGUACGCAGCUCCACCAACACUGAAGAGGCUUGUACCAUGUAGGACAAAAUGUCUUGCUUGAUUGGCACCACGUCCCAUUCACUCCACUGGCGCACCAACAGCAGCAGUGUGUGCAAGAUGCACUACCUAAAUUUCCCCCAGGCUCCUUAAACAGCACCUUCCAAACCCACGGUGACGAUUACCUGGAAGGACGCGGUCAUCCAGUACGCCACACCUGCAAGUUCCCCAUCCAAGCCGCUCCCCAUGCUUCAGUGUCGCUGGGUCAAAGUCCUGGAGCUCCUCCCUGAUGAGCAUUAUGGGUUAAUACACACUCCAGAAUUGACUACGACAGGUCAAAAAGACAGCUCACCGUCGUUUUCUGACGAGCAAUAAAUGGACCUUUCGAAAUUUCAAUUUAAUGUUGAUCUCACUGCGCACCUUCACUGCAGUCAUGGCAUUGUAUUCCUUACCGUGCUCUAUGACUCUAAUGCAUUUUGUACGGUGCAGUCUACCUGUCCUGCACACAAAACAAAGCUCUUCACUGUACCAAGGUACAUGUGACAACAAUAAAUCGAACAAAAACAAAUGCUGACCCAGCCAAUGAAGCCCAUAUAACAAUGAGUGAAUUUUUAAACAAAAAAGUUGUUGAAUCAAUUGAAAUGGGAAAGAUUAGAUUACUUACAGUGUGGAAACAGGCCCUUCGGCCCAACAAGUCCACACCGACCCGCCGAAGCGCAACCCACCCACACAUACCCCUUACCGAACACUACUGGCAAUUUAGCAUGGCUAAUUCCCCUGACCCACACAUCUUUGGACUGUGGGAGGAAACCCACGCAGACACGGGGAGAACGUGCAAACUCCACACAGUCAGUCACCUGAGGCGGGAAUUGAACCCAGGUCCCUGGCGCUGUGAGACAGCAGUGCUAACCACUGUGCCACCGUGCUGCCCGCUGAGGAAGCUUUAAGAAAAGUCUGGAGGUAACUAAAGAGACUGAGUUGCUGCUUUUCCAAGAUAACUGGUCGACUGUGUGUGCCCAUCCAGCCUGACCUAAGCAGAUUCUGCAGAGGUGUGCUGUUAUGGUGCCACCCACGCAACUCCGAUCGGAUUUGUGCCGUUGUUGGCCGGAGGUCAGGCCGGUUCCGAGAAGAAGAGGAGCUUAAAUUUCUACUGGGGUCAGAGAGACAGACAGCCCAGGAACAGACCCUUGGGUCCAACUCGUCCAUGCCAACCAGAUAUCCUGAAUUAAUCUAGCCAGCAUUUGGUCCAUAUCCCUUUAGAUCCUGAGGAAGACACCAUUUCAAGGACCUUGUGACUGAGAAUGCUCACUAAAAUCUGAAUGGACCGUUGGGCCAAUACAUUGACUCUGUUGUAUCUGCCAUUCAAUGGGUAACUUAGUUUGUAACUGACCACGAUUUGCCUGUUAAUGUGUUUACCAGAUGCUAAUUCUUAGUGUUUUUUUUAAUUAUUGAGGGAUAUUUAGUGU